CUCGUCGCCGUCACGUUUUUUCGUCCAAGGUCCGCAGCGCACCCUAUUCGUCACGCGGCCACUCGCCUGACCAGACGCGGCUUGCAGAGACGUCCGUCGCGUCACUAUCACCGCUAGUGUCGGUCGACUCGCGCGGUAGUCAGGAAGUCGGACGUCGGAAGUACGUGGACCGUGAAGGCGUGCGAAGAUAUCGGGAGUACACACAUGGCCAACCCGGUGCAUCGCGGCCUGCUGGUGAUACUGACGGUGUGGCUUCUUUCCCGCCCGCUUACGUCAUACGCUGCUGCUAUAGGCAGUUACCAGUGCGGCAGGCAGAUGAUACGGGACGGAAGAAUCGUGGGCGGAAAUGAUGCUUACGACGGCGAGUUUCCUUGGGUGGCGUCGCUGCGUCUUUACGGUCAGCAUUUUUGUGGCGGAGCCAUUCUGAACAAGCGCUGGAUUAUCACAGCCGCUCACUGUCUUCGCAGUAAGCCACCGCGGUCAUUCAGCGUCCGACUGGGCGAGUACAGCAUCGGGAAGACGGAGGAAGACCACGAGCCGCAGGAUAUUCGGCUGGUUCGCUACAUCAUCCAUCCGAUGUAUUCGCAGCCCAAGCGAUACAACAACGACGUCGCCCUGCUAGAGCUCGCGCAGGACGUCAAGUUCAACCGCUACGUCAUUCCCAUCUGCCUUCCGCAAGGACCGCUAGAACUCCUCGGAAAAUCAGCUACCGUCGCCGGUUGGGGCAACAUCAAAGACGUUGACAAAGAUUCCUCGGGGGACGGCUUCGCCGGGGUGAGGAAAGACAUUCUGCAGAAGGUGACCGUGCCCAUCGUCCCAAACGAAGAGUGCAAUCGCUGGUACGCCCAGUCGGGCAAGCUGGUGCAUCUCCAAGACACGCAACUGUGCGCCGGCUUCAAAGAAGGAAAGAAAGACGCCUGCCAGGGUGACUCUGGCGGCCCUCUAAUGUUCUUCGACGGCUCCAAGUACGUCCUGAUUGGCGUCAUCUCCGCGGGAUUCGGCUGCGCGCGACCCUUGCUCCCGGGCCUUUACACAAGGGUGUCCGAAUACAAGCCCUGGCUCAACAAGUACAUAAAUUCAUGAAGAAAGGGCCUGUGUUAUACUAGGACAUUGCUGCAAAUGUAGUUGCACCUAGGACACGAAAGCGUGGAGAUACGUCCCUGAGAUACGGUAGGACCGAGAAAAACACUGCUUCUGGAUCUCUUCAUGUGGAAUACGUUAAAGUCUGCCGAUGCUAUGCGUCCAAGAUUCUUUCGUGUAGCCUAGUCUCGUACUAUGUCACAGUUGAGCUUGUGCUAGUGUCUAUCGUGGUUGCAUUCAAGUACGUUUCCUGGCUAUAGAUAUGGCGUGCUCCGUUUCAGUGCUCUAAGAGCACGCUCUGUGAGAAUGCGACAUUUCAGCACCGAAAAAAAAAAAACGACGUAUGAGUGGUUUCGUGCUUUUAAAAGAUGAAUGUGUGUAUAUAGCCUCCGCACAGAUAGAUGCCGUGAUACUUAAUUUGGCACGGCGCCGAUGUUAGCGACAUCUUUUGAUGUGGUGAUUAACCACAACGAUUCGAUAGCCUUUCACUACUGCUAGACUGACUAACGUAUCCCAGGAAGCAUAUUGUGGGGAUUUUGCCUUCACAACGUCGUUAAAAAUGUUGGGAUAGGCAGGCAUCUUCGUGACGAUGCGCACAACGCUAAAGCGGCAAAAAACACUAAAUGACGGAGACACGCGUUUGCACACGCCGUUAAGGCCCGAACACACGUACGCG